UGGAGGGACUGAAGGCAUAUUUUGUGUGACAUGGCGACGCGAGCCGGGAAACGCGGAGCAGGGGGAGAAGAGGAACAGCCCCCUCUGCAGGCUGUGCUGAUAGCCGAUAGCUUUAACCGGAGGUUCUACCCUAUCACCAAGGAUCGGCCACGGGCUCUUCUUCCAUUAGCAAAUGUGGCUCUAAUAGAUUACACACUGGAAUUUCUAACUGCUGCUGGUGUUAAAGAAACAUUUGUUUUCUGCUGCUGGAUGGCAAAUCAAAUCAAGGAUCACUUGAGGAAUUCAAAGUGGUGCCGCUCGACCAGUUCAAAUGUUGUGCGGGUUGUAACCUCUGACCUUUACCGCUCGCUGGGAGAUGUCCUGAGAGAUGUGGAUGCCAAAACCCUGGUUCGAUCAGACUUCAUCCUAGUCACUGGGGAUGUAGUGUCCAACAUCAAUAUUGAAGCAGCUUUGGAGGAGCACAGGAAUCGUCGGAAGCUAGAAAAGAAUGUGUCUGUAAUGACCAUGAUUUUUAAGGAAUCCUCCCCUGGUCACCGAUCUAGAUGUCAGGAAGAUGAUGUCAUUCUUGCGAUGGACAGCAAAACAAAGCGCAUUCUCUUGUAUCAGAAGAGCCAGGGCCUGCAACGCUACCAUUUCCCCACGAGUAUCUUUCAAAGUAAGGCUGAUGAGAUUGAACUACGGCAUGAUCUGUUAGAUUGUCACAUAAGCAUCUGUUCACCGCAGGUUGCAGAACUGUUUACAGACAACUUUGAUUAUCAGACGAGGGAUGACUUUGUCCGUGGUAUUCUAGUAAAUGAGGAGAUAUUAGGAAAUCAGAUCCAUCUUCAUGUGAAUCAGGAGGAAUAUGGGGCUAGAGUCUCUAAUCUGCUAAUGUAUGAAGCAGUGACAUCUGACAUCUUGCGUCGAUGGCUAUACCCUCUUACUCCAGAGACUAAUUUUACAGACCAAGACUCCCAGAGUUACACACAUUCCCGUCAUAACAUCUACCGUGGAUCAGAGGUCAGCCGGGGACAUGGUAGCAUCCUGCUAGAGAAUGUGCUUAUUGGGAGUGGGACGACUAUUGGGGCAAAGUGCAGAAUAAGCAACAGCAGCAUUGGACAUAACUGUAGCAUCGGUGAUAGCGUUGUACUGGAAAACGUGUAUAUUUGGGAUGGUGUUCACAUCGAAGAUUAUGUCACGAUCAGAAGGUCUAUCAUUUGCAAUGAAGCUGUUGUGAAAAAUAGAGUGGAAAUAAACCCAUACUGUGUCCUGACUUCAAAGGUUGUUGUUGGCCCUAACUUGAAGCUCCCAGAAAACACAGUGAUUUCCCUUCAUCAUCCAGAUGAAGAUGAAGAUGACGACGAUGAAUUCAGCGAUGACUCUGGAGCUAGCAAAGAGAAGGAGAGGGUGAAGGUGAAAGGAUACAACAAAGAAGAGGUUGGGUCGGAAGGCAGAGGUUAUGUGUGGAAAUUCUCAGACGCAAACGAGGAGGAAGAAGAGGAAGAUGCGCUGUUAACGAAAAGUUUGUGGGGUCUCACUCUUACCCCAGAGGAUGACAUUGAGAGUGAGAGUGAGAAGAGUAUAGGCUCAGAGCAGAUGGACAGCCGCACAGCCUCCCCUCUUCUGGAUGAUAUUAAAGUGUUUCAGAAUGAGGUUUUGGGAACUCUGCAAAGGGGUGUGGAAGAGAACAUUUCAUGCGAUAACUUAGUGCUGGAAAUCAACUCUCUCAAAUAUGCCUACAAUAUAUCUUUAGCCGAGGUGAUGCAGGUCCUAUGUAGGGUGGUCCUGGAGUACCCUCUGCAGCAAUUGGAUGGAGCACUUGAUGCUAACCCUUACUGCAGUGCUCUGCUGCCUCUAUUAAAGCGAUGGGCCCCUGUUUUUAAAAAUUACAUAAAGCGUGCCUCUGACCACAUGUGUUGCUUGGAAGCCUUGGAGGAAUUCUUCCUUGACCAUGAAGCUCUGUGGGCAGCUAGUGCUAAGGUGCUGAUGGGUUUUUACCAACAGGAGGUGCUGGCAGAAGAGAUGAUUCUCAACUGGUUCUCCCAAACAGGAGUGACUGAAAAAGGCCAGCAGCUACGCAAAAAACAAGUGCUACAGAGGUUUAUACAGUGGUUGGAGGAAGCAGAAGAGGAAUCUUCAGACAAUGAAGAUUGAAACUGGCUCUGUUGAUACCAUGAAUGGUUUCACUGCAAUAAAGAUCAGUGGGUGAAAAAUUAAGCUAAAUUAUUAAGAAUAUCUGAGGUCAAAGCAACAACUAACGAAGCAAGCUGUUCAUGCCAGGUUAUCUUGGAUACUGGGGGUUACAAGCUGCAGUCUAAGCAAUUGUCUACUGGUUACUCUCUACCAAUUUAAAAACCUUUUGUGUCAAAGUCAUGCCACAGCUUACCAGUAGAGGAAUUAUCACUGGAAUAAAUCUACAGGUUGUUAUCUUUAUAAUAUAAGUUCCUAACUACUCAUUCUGUUUGAAAGAAACAUUUUUGCUUACUUUAGAGAUCCUUUAUUCUUGGAAAGUUCUCAUUCUGCACUCCCUGCCUACAAGGAUCUCAUACAGACUGACACACUGCCAUGUGAGAAUGCAAAUAUUUAUUUCAUGGAACAAAUAAAUAUGAGAGAUAUAAAUAUAUAAA